AUGGUAUUCGCUGGUCUCACUUCCUCCUCUAGUCUCGGGUCAUUCUGGUCACGAACACCACUGUUUGUGUUACGUGUUGCUCUGAUAUUUUCUUACAGCUUUGGGUUUAGUUAUAUUUCGUAA